UUUUAUAAAAACAUUUUUACGUCACAAGCUUUAGACUUGAUAAAAUUGUCAAUAAAGAUAUUUGCAUAUUUACGAAGAAGAACAAUUGUGACAAAGUGCCAUGCCUCCAAAAGUAGAAACUUGGUCGAGUGAAAAAGAAAAUAUAUUAAUAUUUGAAGUUGAGAGAUGGCCCAUGUUAUGGGAUGCGCGGUGUGCAACUUAUAAAAGGACUGAUUUAAAAUAUAAUCAGUGGCAUGAAAUAGCUCUAAUAUUAGGAUCAUCUUUUAGUGCUGAUAUGGUACAACAGCGUUUUAUUAGUAUGAGGCAAACUUUUAUGACAAAUCUUCGAAGAGAACGUGAAUCAAAGAAAAGAUGUAGUGGAAAAAGUCCUGAAGAAAUAUAUAAACCUAAAUGGGUUCUGUAUGAUAGGUUAAAAUUCCUAAUAAAAUCAUAUGUCCAAGCAGAAAGUUUGUCUAAUUUACGAACUUCUGGAAAUACUUCAUAUUCUGAUAAAACAGAAUCUUUAACAAAUGAUAAUACUACUGAAGCAACAGAAUCUUCGGACAAUGAAGUUGAAUAUCUAGAGAGCGAAUUUGAUACAACACAAUUUAAUUUACAUAACACACAGCAAUGGCAGACGAGCUCUGCUAAUACUUUGAAAAGGGAAAUGUACUGCCGUUCAGAUGAAACAUCUUGCUCUAAUAAAAGUGAUUUAUCAAAAGCUUCGUCUUCGUCUCAUCAUGAUUCUCAAUUAGAUUUUCUAUCUAGUUCAUCAACAGCAAAUUUGGCUGUACAUUCAUCUGCUAGCAAGAAACAAACUUCGAAUGACAAAGUAAACAUGUAUAUAAAAAGAGGAUCGCCUACAAAAAGAAAGGGAUCAAUAGUAGAAGAGGCAAUCGGAGCAAUUAAAUUGCUAAGUGAACAAACAUCUGAAAAUGAUUCAGCAGAACAUUUUAGAGUCCUUGUAGCAUCCAGAUUACGAGAAAUGUGUCCUGAAAUUCGUAAACAAUGUGAACAGGACAUAAUGAAAUGUCUUGUGAAUCAUUAA